CUGGGUGUGUAGUAUGUGCGGACUCCACCUUUGUUGUGAGUGUGGAUGUGUAAUUGGGUAUGUAAAUGGAUGUGGUAGUAGAAUGAUUGUAUCUCAUAUCUAGGGUUUCGUAUCGAUUAGACAGAGAAGAAAAAUGAGAAGAUCAAAGAGAUUGGCACAUCGCGCCGCCGCCGCCGUCCCCGCCGUCACCAUUUCAGACCUCCCAAGCCACAUCACUUGCGACAUUCUAUCUCGACUCCCUCUCAACUCCAUCUUCACCUGCAAGCGAGUUUGCAAGACCUGGCGUGAGCUUACUCUCGAACCCUACUUCGCCAAAUUGCACCACUCAAGGUCUCCUCUCAGCCUCUUCUCCUACCAAAACGGUAUUAAUAUUAAUAAUAAAACCCCCUCCUCUCACUUCGAAAUCCUCCCGCUCCACGAUCCCUGGGUUAUACCUCGCCCCAUGAAAUUCAGACUUGACAUCUACUUCCCUCAUAUGUAUAUAGUAGCCUCAUGUAAUGGGUCGAUUUUGUUGUCAAAUUUCUCGUCUAAUGAUGACCUUGAUACUGUGAUUGUGUUUAACCCACUUAGGGCACAACAUUUUAUGCUUCCAAAACCUCCGAAAUUGGCACGACAGACCGAUAAAUUGGUCCGAUUGGGGUUGGGGCAUAGUCCAUCAAAUGAUCAGUACAAGGUGCUAAGGUUAACUAGUACAUAUAGACCGGGUAGAUUGUACUGUGACAUUUUUACAAUUGGGAUUGAUGAUGAGUGGAGGAGCAUGGGGGACACUGGACAACCACCCACUCAUAGAGUUGCCCGAAUUAUUUUUCUGAAUGGGGCUCUUCACUGGAUAGGCGUUGAGAAUUUAGGGUUUAUUUGCUACUUCGAUGUCGAGAAAGAGCAAUUUGGAAGUGUUCCCUUGCCUUCACACAUUGGAGAAGGUUUUACUUAUCUUCGGGUUGUAGAUAAUCAGUUGUACCUUCACAACGACCAUUCGUGCAGUGUUUGGAGAUUCUGGGCGAUGAAAGAUUAUGGAGACUUUGGGUCGUGGACUUUGGAAUGGGUCAUUGAAGAACCAAUUAUUUACAAGUAUAUUAAAGGACAUGUCAGGCCAUUGAGAAUGUUGAAAGACGGAAGCCUGUUGAUGAUGUUCAAAAGUUCACCAACGCAAGACACCAAGACUACUCUAGCUCUAGCAUCUUACAAUCCUCGAACAAGAGUGCUGAAAAAGAAUAAGAAACGUGUUAUUGUACCUUGGAGCACUUCAGUUGCUGACACAGACAUACCGUGUUUCUUCUCUCCGAUGGAUGCUUUGAAAUGACUAUGUCAAAGUCUUUGAGUUAAGAUAUGCAGAGAUCCUGAGCUGUGGGAGCUUUUGGGGGGAAGCUGUGGGAACUUUUGUGGGGAAGAACUAAUAUCAAGAUCUUGUUCAAUGCUUGUUCAGGAAGAGGAAGAGGAAGAGGAAGCGGAAGUCGCCUUUUUGGUACAGCUUGGCAGGACCUCUCUGAAAAUAUUGAACAAUGCUGGACUCACCUCAUUGGCUAUUUAAACUUCUUUAGCUCUUUAACAAGUUUAGCUCGAUCUUCAAUAGUUUUGGGGCUGUUCAAUUGCAGAUAGAUAUCAAAUGAUGCUAGUUAAAAGUAUGACGAAUUUGCUCUUUGGUUCUAGUUCUAUUCUAUGCCAUGUAACCUGAAGCAAAAUGCAUUUGGACCUUGAAUC